AGACCCGCCUUCCCAAAACCGAAUACAGAAGAGAGAGAGAGCGCGAGCGAGAGAGAGAGAGAGAGAGACAGAGAGAGAGAGAGAGAAAAGCCCUAUUCAAGCUCUAGUCCAGGGUUUUGAACGCGUAAAGCCCUAGUCCCGAAGCUUUCUCUCUCUCGUUUCUCUCGCGGCCGUUUCCUGUUGCUAAAUUGCUUCCAAUUGAGAUCUCAGAAAACUCUCUCAUUUUUUUAUGCACAUUGUGAGCCUCUUUCUCUGAUUUCAAAGGCUUUGGCUCUCGCUUCUCUCGAACUAUACAACCAUGGCGUUCUGGGUUUUUGGAUACGGCUCAUUGGUUUGGAACCCUGGAUUUGAAUACGAUGAGAAAGUGAUAGGCUUCAUCAAGGAUUACAGGCGUGUUUUUGAUCUUGCAUGCAUUGAUCACAGAGGUACACCUGAAAGCCCUGCAAGAACUUGUACCUUGGAACCCAGUGAAGGAGCCGUUUGUUGGGGUGCUGCUUACUGUAUACGAGGAGGCCCGCAGAAGCAAAAGGCAGCAAUGGAGUAUCUGGAGAAGAGAGAAUGCGAGUAUGAUCUCAAGACUUCUGUAGACUUUUACAAGGAAGGGGAUACCGAACAGGCUGCUAUAACUGGAGUUAUAGUUUUUACGUCCACUCCAGACAAAGAAUCAAAUAAAUACUACCUAGGGCCUGCCCCAUUGGAGGAUAUGGCUAGACAAAUAGCGACUGCUUUUGGCCCCUGUGGUAACAACAGAGACUAUCUUUUCUUGUUGGAGAAGGCCAUGUUUGAUAUUGGUCAUGAAGAUGAUUUGGUUAUCGAGCUGGCAAAUGAAGUGAGGAAGGUCCUUGGAAUCGUGGGAGUAGGAAUACCUGUGGAGAAGAAGAAGUCUGGUUCAUCCCGUAUCCCACUCAAGUCCCAUAUUCAACCUCUUCAACUACGUCCGCUCCCAGAAGUUGUUGCCAUUGACUCCUAAAACACACAAUACACAAACUGCUGAAGAUGAAGGACAAAGACAAAGAUCUAUCUAACCAUAUACAAUCACAUUCUCACGGAAUCUCAUGUCAACUACAAGUAGAAGUAGUUUUUCUUGUGCUUUUAGCAUAUCCUUAUUAUAGAUUUUUUUAAUCCUCCAACCCUUCCCUUUUAACUCUUUAGAUUCUUCUUAACUUAGAAUAGGGUUGGCAAGAGUGAAUUAAAAGAAAGGAAUGACAAACCAUUGACCGUCCAUUACAGUGGCAAUGUUAUAUGCAACAUCAUGAUCAGUUUAACUUUAAUUUCAACUCAAGACAAAGGGUUAUUGUGGCAUUAUUAUCUACAUGCGAAGUUCAACAUUUAUUUAA